UCAGCUGAUCGCACAUUCCGGUUUGACAAUUUCGUUCACCAAUGCAAAAUGAUAUCAUUAUAAUUUAUGUACAGUGUAAAAUAACCGAUGGCAGCCACUAAUCCAGCUGCAGAAAAUGAUGACAAAGAAGAACAUAAACGAUUAGCACGAUUUGUGAAAGGCGUUCAUGCCGAUCUCAGAAAAAAGUUCAAAGCAAAUAAUGGUGACUAUGCUAAGAUCUGGGAUGACCAUUGCCAGAACAAAGAGGUCCUGGCCCAGUAUGCCGACGCCAUGCACCAUCUGGCGCUGGACCAUUGGUCCAAGAAGCCAGAGUCACGGAUAGACUGGUGCAGGGACACUGCCCUCGAGUUCUUCCACCAUGGAGGGCUCAAGCAAGCACUGGAGAAGGAUGUCAGGAAGUACAAAUAUCGGUGCAAGGAAGAGAAGGUUGAUGACGGAACACAGGUACAGCUGGGUGUGAAGGAGGAAGAGCAGGAUCAAACACAGCCAAGGACAAAGACACAAGAUGACCCAUGGAAUUUCAGCUACAAUAAGAUCAGCCUGCCAUUUUCGGGGAAGAUCCGCCUGUUGGACGUAGGUAGCUGCUACAACCCCUUCGAGCAGUUUGAGGAGUUCCUUGCUAUAGGCAUCGAUAUAAGCCCAGCUAAACCUAGUGUCUACCACUGUGAUUUCCUUCAUCUGGAGAUGACGGACCCAUUGCAGGUUGCCAUGGAUACACUGGACACAUAUGUCAGCAACUUGCGGGACCCAAUUGAGCGACUUCCUCACCAGAUAUUCCAUGUUGUAGUGUUUUCGCUUCUUCUAGAGUACCUACCGUCCGCCUACCAGCGUUGGCUGUGCUGCCAGAAAGCGCACAGUCUGCUCAUGCUGAACGGACUCCUCCUGAUCGUCACCCCCGACUCGCAUCAGCAGCAUCGAAACGCUGCCAUGAUGAAAAGUUGGCGAGUGGCAAUAGAAUCCAUGGGCUUUCAGAGGUGGCGUUACAUCAAGCUAGACCACAUACACUGCAUGGCUUUCCGCAAGGUGGAGAAGCCGGACACUGGACACUGUUUACUGGAGGGCGUGUCUCCCGACAUGCUGCACAUUCCUCAAGACUACAACAAUGCUGGACUGGAGACGAGUCUCUUCAGUCAUUCAAUGCCAUUCGCUACAGAAGAUGAAGACUUUUUUAGACAGUCUCUUCAAGAGCUGCCACAUAUUGCUUCGGACGAUGAAGAUUUUCUCUGAGUAUAUUUUAUCAAAUUCAACUGACCUAAAAUAAAUGUGUUAUUGUCCUGAUGAACCAGCUUUUAGAAGGGUCAGUUGGUAUGCAAAUGUUUAUAUUUAUCAACAUUUACUGGAGCUGGUAGAUGUGUUAGCACAGUACAGAAACAUUGGUGAGGAGGAAAAGAGAACAUCGAUAGUUCUUACGUAUAUGGUGAGGAGGAAAAGAGAACAUCGAUAGUUCUUACGUAUAUGGUGAGGAGGAAAAGAGAACAUCGAUCGAUAGUUCUUACGUAUAUGGUGAGGAGGAAAAGAGAACAUCGAUCGAUAGUUUUUACGUAUAUGGUGAGGAGGAAAAGAGAACAUCGAUAGUUCUUACGUAUAUGGUGAGGAGGAAAAGAGAACAUCGAUAGUUCUUACGUAUAUGGUGAGGAGGAAAGCGAGAACAUCGAUAGUUUUUACAUAUAUGGUGAGGAGGAAAAGAGAAACAUCGAUAGUUUUACGUAUAUGGUGAGGAGGAAAAGAGAACAUCGAUAGUUUUUACGUAUAUGGUGAGGAGGAAAAGAGAACAUCGAUAGUUUUUACGUAUAUGGUGAGGAGGAAAAGAGAACAUCGCUAGUUUUUAUGUAUAUGGUGAGGAGGAAAAGAGAACAUCGAUAGUUUUUACGUAUAUGGUGAGGAGGAAAA